CCCAUUAUCCUUCACUCUCUCUCUCUUUCUCUCCACUGCAAGCCUUUUGCUCCUAUUUGAUACUAGACCGUUAGCGUUGAAGUAAUGUCUGAAGAGGCUACAGUCGUUGAAGAGCUGGCCCCGCUGAGCCCGGAGGCCAUUGCCGCCAGAGACAAGAUACGGGAGAUGGUGAAGGAGCUUGAGGAGGAUGAGAGGGCUAGGAGAGUCAGCGAGUCCAGCCCCGAGCAGCCACAAGACCAACAGAAGCUAGUGACAUUGGACAAGCUGGUCACUGUACAAGAAGAUCUCAUUCGCUUUAUUAACUUGAAGAAAGUUAGAGAAGCUGAGGAAUUGGAAAGAGCACAGAGAAUAACAACAGAUAAGAAAAUAGUUGUGCAUGAGGAACUGGUUAGGAAGGCAGCUCAAAAAGAGGUUCUUAAAAAUGAAGAGAAAGAGAGACAGCGUCGCAUUAGUGAGGAUACCAGUGGGAAGGACUCAGAGGAACAGAAAGAAAGAAUGAAGACCUACGACAAACUUGUCAACGUCCAGGAAGAUCUGUUACGUCAUAUGAGGAAAUUGCAGGCUGAUGAAGCAUUCAAGAGAGAGAAGGAGGAUCGGAUUGCUCAAGACAAAAAAAAUGCUGUUCAAGAGGAGCUACUUCAUAAAGUUCAUCAAAAGCAGGUCCAGGCUGCAGCUCAAGAGGAGAAGGAGAGACAGAUUGAACAGUUGGAGCACUUGACUGAGGAGGAGAUGAAGCAGAGAAUGUCCAUAGCAACAAAGCUCUUGGCUGUCCAGGAGGAGCUUUUGAAAACUCGUGAACCAAAAAAAGCUAUUGCUGAUCAUCACUCGAGCGAAAUGUUGGAAGAUUUUAAAGUUUACAUGCAAGAGCAGCUAGUGAGGAAAGCUAACCAGAAGGAAGCUAUUGAGGCAAUGGAGGAAGAGCGAAAGAGGCGUAUAUCGUCCGGAGAAGACAAGCACUCAAUCUCAGAUGAACAAGCAGCAGUUCUUGAAGAAAUGACAAGAAAAGCCAAUAUAAAGGAGUCCAAAAGGUUGUUUGACGAGACAAAGAAAGAGUAUGAGCGUGCAGACCAAAAGGCGAAGGCACAAGAAGAAGCUCUUCGACAAGUGAAUCAGAAACAAGCUGACAAAGCAAUGGAUAGAGAACAAAAAGAUAGAAUUGCUUCAAUGGAAGGCCAGUCGCCACCAAAGAUCGGCCAGGAGCUAAAGAAAGAGAUUACUGACCACAAGAAAUGAUAAUUAUGAUCGAGUUGCACUGCAGUACUUUUGUUGCAUUCAAACUUAGUUGCUUGAAAUUUUUUUAUCUUAAUUCUUAGUGAACUUUUUCCCCCAUUAUGAUUGUUAAUAAUGAAAUUAUAGUGAGACUUCAAUAAUGA